CGGGAGGGUUGGCAAGUAUGCCAUUAGGGAUGGUCAAACAUGUAUUUGUUUUUUACUGCGGCAAAUGUGUCCGUCAUUUGUUUUUAUUAAUUAUUAAUUAAUUUCUUGUUUUCUCCCUUCUGGUGUGACAGUGGUAAAAAAAAAAAAAAAAGGAACACAGACCACCCUUCUAAUUACACAUAUAACAAGGGUUUGGUCAAAUCUGGUGACAUCUUACCUGACUUAUCUCCGCACCUCACCUGGAAGGAAGCAAGAUUGUCACCGUGGGCAACAAAGAGUCCCACUGGGGAAACUCCCCAACAAUGGCCGCGCAGCUCCCCGUCCACGAACACGCGUAUCCUUCACCAGGUGUCCACAAAUUACAGUUACUUUUAAAAGUUUGGCGUUUGGAAGCUGCUCGGAACAAUCUGGAAAACGAGCUUCGAAUUGUGACCAAGAAGGCAUAUGAAGAUGUUGGGGAUUUGUUCAUGUCAUCUUUUUCAACAAGUGUCUUCAAUGAUCUUUCAAAGACAUUGGAUGAAAGAUGUCAAGCGAUAGACAAGCUCUCAGCUUUUUUUAAGGACCCAACGCAGGAGCCACGCGUUUGCCUGCUGCCUUUUCAAAAAAAUGGAGUGCGGACAAACCAUGGUCUACCACUGGGCUUAGAAGGGAUCCUGUACACGACUGUGCGCAGGUUUGGACCGCUAAUGCAGAACUCAAUUAGGGCCACAUCCAUAUCCAAAGCAGUCCAGGCAAUGAGAGCCACACAAACCCUUCAAGAGUUGACAGAGUCACGUGUCGCCCAGCCCCCAGCCCAGGUGGAGAAAAUCUCAGAACAAAACAGCUCUGUUAAGACUAUAAACGUGUCAUUUGUCUGUAAGGAUGCGGAACAACAAGCAGAAGUUAAUUUAGAGGAUAAAUGCCAACCACCAGCUGAGUUUGAUCCUCCUGCCUUAUGUGAGAGCUCUGAGGUAAUCACAGAGACGGUGCCGUCAUUCAAUUGGGGGCAGGAGGCUUUUGUGCAUGUGCAACACAAAAAACAAACAUUCGGCCAGCUGCUGCACUUCCUCAGAGCAUACUCUAAAACUGUAGGGAUGCUGGAGGUCUCUGUCAUGGAACAGGUCUCUUCACAGCUUGCACUGCCCACAAUCGAAACACAAUGUUCUCCUAUCAGGCAGAUGUUGCAUGAUCGAAUCAUCACCACCACUCCAAAAACAUUGCAUGCCGAUUCAGUUGACCAAGCUCCAGUUUUCAGGGUCAAGCGGGUGGAGUCGGACGGCUCGCUCACAUAUGCUUGUAUGAUUGCAACGGAGACUGAAUUGUGGGAUUUUGGAGACAUCACCACAGAGAAGGCACAUGGGAAAGCCAAUAACAGCUCCUCUGACAACAAAGACUGCCAAAGAACAAAGUGUGAGGAAGAUAAGGCCUGCAAUAUGAAAACCCAGACAACCCCAUAUGCAAAUUUUGAUAAUGACAAUGGUUCCUCAAGAGGGCCCCAAAGCAACGCUUUAACCAUCCCAGAGUUCCAAGUGCGAAGGUUUGAGGAACCUGAGGUUGUCGUGUCCCAUAUUGAGAGUCCAAGCAACUUCUAUAUUCAGCAUGCCGACUCCAUCACCAAAUUGCAGGCUCUUGUUCCUAACAGCUGUGAAGCCAGUAGUUCAUUUGGUGAGCAAAACUGCAUUCCAGACAUCAGAGCCCAUGUAAUAGCCUGGUUGCCUAAGCAAGAACAAUGGUGCCGGGCUCAGGUGACAAAGAUAUGUGGAAUUAGUGAAGAUGAGGUCACUGAUGGAGCCAAGAGUUGGACCUCUAUCAAAGUGGAGGUGAAGAGGUUGGAUCACGGCGACACUGCCUGUGUGUCACUGUGUAACAUCAAGGACAUGAGUCCAGAAAUGGCUCGCUUACCACUGCAGUCGAUGCAAGUUUCACUGGCAAAUGUGAGUCCUAUAAAUGAGACGGACUGGUCUAACGAAGCAGUGUACUGGUUCAAAGACAUGGUGCACAAUCGGACCUUCUACGCCAGACUUUUCACACAAGGGCCAGGCGUGACAGUUGAGCUCUUCUUGGAAAAAGGGAAGCUUGGAGCUAUGAGGAGAGGUCCCCCGGUGUCUUUGCGACUGGCCCAGAAUGGACAUGCCAAACACAGCAAACUGAAAAACAGCGGUACAGCCAGAAAAAUCAGUGCUAAGGUCAAACUGAAACACAAACAAGACGCAGAAUGGGAGAAGUACCUCAUCUCGUGCUACGCUCGGAGGAUAACCUAGGUCAAGAGGAGAGGAAAGUGUCAAGUUUUGUCUGGUAUCUCAUACUAAGUGUGAUGUUCUAAAAUAGUGAAAAAUGUUAACCAUUAAUGUAUGAGGGCCUGUAUUUUCUUGUAUUACAACAUAUUAUACGUAAUAUAAAUGUUGACUUUUUGCAAUGGAUGUUAUGAAAACUUGCAACAUAAGUCUACAAUGCGUUGCGGCAAUGUACCGUAUUGUUCGGACUAUAAGUCGCAGUUUUUUUCAUAGUUUGGCGAGUGCGACUUAUACUCAGGACCGACUUAUGUGUGAAAUUAUUAACACAUUACCGUAAAAUAUCAAAUAAUAU